UCGUAAAUACGUUGAACAUAUGGUUUCAAAUCUGCGUCUUUCAAAACGAAGUUCUGUCAUUAGAAUUCGCGUUGCAUGAAUAGUUUAUUAUUUUUAUAGGAUUUAGAGAUAUUUUAAUACAGAUAUGCAACGUAAUAUACUCCGAGCGUCAAAUUUCCAGCUGUUGCAGAGACGCUUCUUCAAGAAAUAUCAUGUCAGGGUUAGAUUUGCGCCCAGCCCCACUGGGCAUUUACACUUAGGAGGAUUACGUACUGCGUUGUAUAAUUAUUUGUUUGCACGUAGCAACGAUGGUACCUUUGUUCUGAGAAUUGAAGACACUGAUCAGACAAGAACAAUUCCUGGGGCUGUAGAGAAACUGCAGGAUGAUUUGCUAUGGGCAGGAAUUAUUCCUGACGAGGAUCCUACCAGAGGUGGUCCAACUGGUCCCUAUGUGCAAUCAUCACGACUUGAAUUAUACAAGGAACAGGUGCUUAAACUCUUAAACAAUAAGUCUGCCUACUAUUGUUUUUGCACAGAGACAAGACUGAACUUAUUAAGAAAGGAAGCAAUAAAGCGUGGGCAAAUACCUAAAUAUGAUAACAGGUGUCAGCAUUUUAGUAAAGAUGAAGUAAAAGAAAUGUUCAAGAAGAACUUACCAUAUUGCAUCAGAUUUAAGUUAUCGUCCACACCAAAACCCUUUUACGAUAUGGUUUAUGGAGAUGUAUUGCAUGAUAUUACCAAGUCUGAAGGGGAUCCAAUUAUUGUAAAAUCAGAUGGCUAUCCUACUUACCAUUUUGCAAAUGUGAUUGAUGAUCAUUUUAUGGAGAUUUCUCAUGUCUUACGGGGUGUUGAAUGGCAAGUUUCCACACCCAAGCAUAUUAUGCUUUAUAAUGCAUUUGGUUGGAAUCCUCCCAUGUAUGGGCAUUUACCUUUAAUAUUAAAUGCAAAUGGAUCCAAAUUAUCAAAGAGACAAGGUGACAUAAAGAUCGAGUCAUUUAGGGAACAGGGUAUUUUUCCAUUAGCAUUAUUGAACUAUGUGGUAAGCGCUGGUGGUGGUUUUCAUAAAGAACAGCAAAAUCAAGAUCUUUACAGUUAUCAGGAAUUAAUUAAAAAGUUUGAUAUUAAUAAAUUAAAAAUAAGUUCUGGCAAACUUAAGCCUGAAAAAUUAUUAGAAUUUAAUAAAUUGGAAAUUGCAAAUUUACUGAAGAACGAGAAGAAUCAUAAAUUUCUAAUUGAGCGGGUUAAAAGAUUAGUAUUAAAAACAUUUUCUGAAAGAAAAGAUGAUGGAAGUUUGCAGUUAGAUGAUUAUCACAUAAUAAGCACAUUAAAAUGGUCGCAAAAUAGGAUAUCAACACUCAAUGAUCUUGUCAAAGAGGAGCUUGCAUUUUUAUGGAUUAUUCCAAAUAUUGCUUCUGUGCCAAACAUUGAACAAACUGCAUGCUCAAAUGCAAUUAAACUAUUAAAUGCAGAAUUAGUUAAAAUAGAUGCAAGCAAUUACAAGACAGAUUGGAUGAUCUCAUAUCUGAGAGACUUUGCUGAAAAGCAUAAAAUUCCAUUUACUGCUUUGAUGAAAAUUCUGAGAAGCCUUUUAAGUGGCUUAAAGGUUGGACCACCCGUUGCUGAAAUGAUGGAAAUUUUAGGAAAGGAUAGAACAUUGUUACGAUUACAGCGCUGUGUUUCCUGAGAAUUUACAUUAUAUAUUAUUUAAUUAAAGAUUGUGAUCAUACUUUCUAUUGAUGGUAAGAUACAUCCGAAAUAGAUCUGUGAUUAAAUCUAUAUGUUUUUACAGAAGGCAUACAUCAAAAACGGUUAUGCAAAUGUAAUAUAUAUUAUUCGGUGUAAUAUUAUUAAAAUAUCUUCCACAAAUAAUUGCAUUUUAUUGCUGGAAAUUAUAAAAACAAUUUGCAAUUCUGACAUAAUCAAUGGAUCUGUCAAUCAAGUGAUACUCUAGUCAAGCAUUUUUUGUAUAUAAUUUAAAAUAAUUAAUAAAAUAAUAUUUUAAUAUAUUUAUGGAAGAUAUAUAAAUAAUGUGCGAAAGAUCCGAGAACAGCUACAAUAUUAGUAUUUCAUAAUAUUACUAUUUAUCAAGACAUGCUUUACAAUCUUUAAAUAUAUAUAUAUAUAAUUAGUCAAGAAAAUAUUUAUAAACUUUGAAAUGAGUGGAACUUUU